AUGAGCAAUGACGACUCGUUUGGAGCAGUACCAGACACGCGCAGCGCAGCCCAGCCUGCCAGGCGCUCGGCGGCCGUCCGGACUGCGACGGUGCACGUUCGCUGCCAGAGUACGCAUGCGCAACGUGGCCUACCGCACUCUGCUGCCCUCACUCGAGCAUGCCGCAUGCGCAGUACAGAGCGCCCAGCGCUGCUGCGCAGUGUGCGUUACCGCGGGGUGCCGCUGCGGUGUUUCGGUAGCGGGUCCCACAGUGUCUUCCGCAGCAUGGGCCUGUAUGCACACUCAGCUCUUCGGACCCUCUGGAGCUGUGGGGAAAGCAAAUGGGCCCUGGAGCAGAAUUUUCGCACAGCAUCCAUGGGAGGAGGUCAGCUGGUUGUAGCAAGCAUGCCCAGGAGCGCUGGACAUAGGGGUCCCCCAUGGCUCUUCUGGGAUGUGAGUUCCAUGAUGCCUCUUUUGGGCUUCCCAGUGAGUUCUUUGCCAUCACCAUCUCCUCCUCUGUUGUGCCCAAGCAUCCCUUGGCCAGUCUGUGAGAUAUUUUCCAGUACCAAUUCCCUUAAGGAGAUGCUGGUUGGUGGUUAUAGGUGUCAUAGAAUAGAAGAGAGUAUUUCAGUUGGAAGGGAUCUACAAUGAUCGUCUAGUCCAACUGCCUGACCAAUUCA